AGUGACGUCAUCAAAAGACGCCUGAUGUCCUCCGUAUGUUGUUCUUUGGAGGACAAAAUUUGACUUGAUUUCUAGUCGAAUAUUUUGACAGCUUUCGGAAUGCCAGGUUAUACCCCCGAUGAGAAAUUGCGACUAGAGCAGCUGGCGAAGCUGAGGAGGCAGUGGUUGAAGGACCAAGAGCUGAGCCCCCGAGAACCCGUUCUACCCCCUAAAAAACUGGGACCUGUGGCCAAGUUCUGGGCAGGUUUUCUGGAGCCCCGGAGUCUUUGGAGAGUUUAUACAUAUAAAACCUGCAAUGCUGGCUGGUUGGCAUUCACAAGGGUUCUGAUUCCUGCUUGGAUUGUCCAUUACUAUGUCAAGUAUCAUGUUGCUGAAAAACCAUAUGGUCAUGUGGAAUUGAAGGCCAGGCUGUUCCCUGGUGACAGAAUUUUGGAAACUGGGGAGAUACUUCCAACUUUACCAGAAGACGGAAGCCAUGAACAUCACUAGUAAUUCACUGUGUACUCAUUUUCUCCGAUGAUUCUUUUAAUUUAUCAUUAAAAAAUUAAAACAGC